UCAAAUAAGAAAAGUGACAUUACGACAGUAAACAAAUUUCCACAUAUGAUUUUAUUGAAAAUUUUUCAAAUUCAGUCCGCAUAAUUCAACUAAAUCGGACUAAAAUGAACUUCAAAGAGAUUUGUCGAACAUGUCUGCUAGCGAACGAUACAAUGUUUCCGCUAUUUAACGCGAACGUGAGGCUUGUAGAUGCCGGAACUGAGACUGCUACCAUUGUCGAUCUACUGAAAAUGUUCACCAAAUUGCUGCUAUCACGAAACGAAGGCUUCCCGGAGAAGAUAUGUAGCAAUUGUUUGGAUGACAUUAUGCGUACCUAUAACUUUAGAAUAAAAUGCGAACGCUCCGAGACGGCUUGGCGUCAAGCUAAGAACAGAGAUAACGAUAAGGUCUGUCGAACAUGCUUGGACUCCAAUGAUUCCAUGUAUACACUUUAUAAUCAAAUAUUAUUCACGAUUGGGAAUGAAAGCGCUUCCGUUAUAGAUUUAAUAAAAAACUUUACAAACAUUUUGAUAUCACUUGAUGACGAAUUUCCCAAAUGGAUCUGCAAAAGUUGCAUUGACGAGAUGAAAAUAUCAUACGCAUUAAAAGUGAAAUGUGAGAACUCUGAACGCACACUAGAAUCUUACUUGAAAGAGACACAAAUGAAGGCUCAAGCUCAGAACGGCAAUCAGAUAGUGGCGCUAAACGAAAUGGAUAUUUCACAGUUGGAAUUUAUUUGCAUGAAAGAUGAGAGUGGUGGCAUGGAGGCAAAUGAAAAUUUCAUUAAAAACGUUGACUGCGGACCUGGCAAUGAAGUUUUAUCGAACGACCUCAAUGCAAAAAACAAUUCAAAUGGUCAUCAACAACAUCAGCAACAGCAGCAGCAUUCUCAACAUCAACAGCAGCAACAACAACAUUCACAGCAAUCACAACAACAACAGCACCGAACUCAUCAGCAGCAACAGCAACACAUCAUGAACGUGGCGCAUGCAAACCUGGCAGCCAAUUCCAGUAAUGCAAGUGCGCAACAAGCACAUCCUCAACAACAGCAAUCCCAUCAGCAACCUCCGCCACAGAAAGUAGUAAAACUAGACCUACUCAAACUCUACCCCAACUCACUGCUCGACCAGAACUUUGCCAUUGAAGAGGUUAUCGAAGAUAACAUGAAUAAUAUGACGGGAGCAGUUGCAUAUGAGCCAGGCAUCAUACGUGGGUCCAUCAUUGAUCCCAACAACAUACAAUUGGCCUCUAAUGAAGAGGAAAUUAUAGAGGAGAACAUCAAUGAUUCUAAUUUGUUGGAAGACUGCGAAAUCGAGGAAGUUGUUGAGAAUGACGACAUGGAGCAACAUCAUGAUCAGGACUCGAGCCAUCAGUUUAUUGAAAGUCGCAACAAUUCUCAAUUUGGCGACUCGGAUUUGGACGGUACGAAGUUAAUGUCUACGUCGAAUUUAGAUGGAUCCGGUUUGGAUUUAGAUGACAACCGAACAGAAUUGGAUAAUGAUGGAAUUGAUGAAGCUUAUAAAUGUCCUGGUUGUUCUACUGUCUUUUUAUAUAAUGAAACGUUGCGGAAGCAUAUUUUCGAAAAUCAUACCAAUAAGGACUUAUGCAUGAUUUGUAACAAGGUCGUUUACAACAACAUGUGGAUACAUGUUAUCAAUCAUAUUCCAAAAAAUCAUCACUGUCCCGAAUGCGGUAAAGGUUUCAUUGCCCGCUCAUAUGUACGAUCUCACAUGAAUAACGUACAUCAUCACUUGAAGCUCGCCACCCCAACAAAGCAGCGUGUACAAUGUCCAGAAUGCACCAAGUCAUACGAUAGAAAAUCUGAUUUACAUAAACACAUGCUCGAACAUACAAACUCCUAUGCACGUUGCGAUUGUAGUCAUCCCGGUGAGCAUAAAUCGGAGGAUACAGAAGCGGAACCUGAAGAGAAAAAACCAUUCACUGCACAACAAAAAUCCACAUUUCAAUGUAGCGUAUGUAGUCGGGAGUUCCCAACUCAAUUAGCUCUGGACACACAUUUUGCAACAAAACACAGUGAGGAUAAGAACUUCAGAUGUACAUUGUGUUCGUCAACUUUCCGACUGAAAGGAUAUUUAUCCAAGCAUGUCAAGAAUGUACAUAAGAAGAAGAACGUGAAUGAUUUCAUGGAGAUUUUGGGUAAAUCUUGAAAUACAUUUAGCAUAAAUUUAUUGUAUAUUUGUUUUUAAGUUGAUUCUUUUUAUGAUUUUCGUCUCUGUUUAAUGUGUAAGAGUAAUAAAUUUAAUGUAAAAGUA